GCCUAAAGGCAGCUCCACAGCCUCCUUCUUCCUCCUCAGUCUUGUAGUCACACAGCUUGGAUCAGGGCUAAAGGAUGAACAUGUCCCCCACAGUGGCCUCUCUCUUGUGGCUUGGGCUGUGUCUGGCUCAGAUCGCUGCUGCAGGGGCUCAGUCCCUCCCUUCAAUGGGCUCCUGCCCAUCUUCCAGCUCAGAACAGAAGGGCACCUCCAUGGCAGGGACCCCCAAACCCUUAAUUUGGGUUGAGCCCGGCUCUGUGGUGCCCAGGGAAGCACACAUACAUUUCUGUUGCCGGAGCCCAUGGAGAAGUGGGAGUUUUCAGCUUUGGAGGGAUGGAGGAUGCUUAUUUCAGAUAAACGCCUCCAGAGAGCAGGCUGAUGUCUGCUUUCCAAAAUCCUUAGCUGCUGCAGGGAGCUACAGCUGUCGCUACUCCCAGGGACUCCACUGGUCAGAGCUCAGUGCCCCCCUGCAGCUGCUGGUGACAGGACAUUUCUCCAAACCCUCGUUACGUGGAGCACCAAGUACUGUGGUAGCUGCAAGAGACACAGUGACCUUCCUGUGCCAGGCAUUACGCAGCUAUCAUAACCCAAAAUUCAUGUUCUCUUUGCUGAAGGCUGGGGUGCCCCAUCCCGUACAGCACCAGAGCCCAGAAGGGGAUGUGGCCAACUUCACUCUCCCGUCUGUGAAGGCUGAGGAUGCUGGGAACUACAGCUGCAUUUACUCAGUGGGAGAGAGAUCAUCAUCUCCCAGUGACGCCCUGCAGUUGAAGGUGACAGCUCAAGAUUACACUGUGGGCAACAUCGUCCGCAUAGCUCUGGCAGGGCUCGUCCUCAUCAUCCUGGGCGUCUUCCUGGCUGAGGCCUGGCACAGCCAACAGAGGUCCUGAGAAACAGCCCAGGACCUCCCUGCCCAGGACAUGGGCCAGCCAGGAAAGCAGAGUCGGGGUCUGAGGACUGGGUGGUUUCUUGUGGGAAGAGAUUGGGGGGGGGGGGACCAGGGGAGCUGUAAAGAGUUCAUCCAAGCCAGUUUGGUGUCAUUCUUUACCUGAGGUUAACAUCAAAGCAUUGCCUGGUGAUCUGUCUGUUGCUGGAUCUCCUCACUGUGAUAAGAGCCUGUGAAUGUGAUAAACACAUUCAGAGGCUACUCUAGAGCUGAGAGGCUACUAUGUGUUCAUUCUCAUUUUCUCAGCUGGGGAGGCAGCCAUUGUGGCCAGUCCUGUAUUUGGGUCAAAGCAAUAUGGAGCAAUAAUGGAGGCUCUUGUUAUGGGGUUGUAAUGUAAUGAGGUUGCACAAGUUGUCUUGGGAGAAUGUUGGUAUCUACCCAAAUCUUUACUGUAACACCAAAAUAGUUGUUUAAAAAGGUGGGAGGCAACUGGGUACCUCAGUGGACUGAGAGCCAAGUCUAGAGAUGGGAGGUGCUGGAUUAAAAUCUGGCCUCAGACACUUCCCAGCUGUGUGACCCUGGGCAAGUCACUUAACCCCCAUUGCCUAGACCUGCUCACUCUUCUGCCUUGGAACCAAUACACAUUAUUGGUUCCAAGACAGAAGGUGGGGGUUUAAAAAACAACUGAAAUGGCAUGGAAAUGUGUUUUUCCCCUAAUAGCAGCACCAAGAGAUGGUUAGAUAAAGAAUGAGAGUGACCCCAAAAUGUGGGAAAAUGAGUUAAUGUUUAUUCCAAUUCACCCCCUGAGAUCCCAUGUUACAAUGGUAUCAAGAGAGACUGAAAUUCAUUUUUAACUUUCAUGAGAUCCUAAAUAUCUAUGAAUGUAACCUGUAAUUAUGGGAAGCAUCUUGGAAAGAGCAGCUUAAAACUUCCUCUGUUGUCUUGAUAUUUACCACCAGAAUGUGAAAGCUGUGUUGAUGUAGAGAAGGCAAAGAAUUACAUCCUCCUUGUCUUGUCCUUUGAUCCAGCAAUACCACUACAGAGUUUGUAUCCCAAAGAGAGUAUAUUAAAUGGGAAAGGUCCUGUUGGUACACAAAUAUUUAUUGCUGUGUUUUUUGUGGUGGCAAAAAAAAAAUGGAAAAUGAGAGGAUGUCCAUUGAUUAGAGAAUGACUGAACAAACUGUGCUAUUUGAUGGUGAUGGAAUACUAUUGUGCUCAAAGAAAUAAUGAACUGGAGGGAUUCCAUGUGAACUGGAACGACCUCCAGGAACUGAUGCAGAGUGAAAGGAGCAGAACCAGGAGAACAUUGUACACAGAGACUGAUACAUUGUAGCACGAUGAAAUGUAACUGAGUUUUCUACUGGCAGCAAUGCAAUGACCCAGGUUAAUUCUGAGGGACUUAUGGGAAAGAACGCUAUCCACAUUCCAGAGAAAGAACUGUGGGAGAAAUGCAAAAGAGAAAGAAAUGUGGAACAGAAAUGCAAAAGCAAAACAUAUGAUUUAUCACUUGUUCUUGUGGGUAUAGGAUUUGGGGUUUUGGUUUUAAAAGAUGGCUUUAUUGCAAAAAUGCACAAUAUGGAAAUGGGUAUGGAGUGAUAACACAUGUAUAACACAUGUAUAACAGUGGAAUUCCUUGUCAGCUCUGGGAGGGGGAAGGGAAGAGGGGAGGGAGACAACAAAAAUCAAGUCACCACAGAAAAAUAUUU